GCGUGCCCACGUUCACAUCGUCGCCAUUUGCGGAGCUCACACGGAUAUUCCGGCGAUCAAUUAGAGCCCGGAGCUUAGCCAGAUCCCCUGCAACGCGUAUAAAUAUUGUUAUAUAAGAUUAGCAACUUGUGAAAUCCCCAGUGCCAGUGCGUAAAUCAAAAUGCUCGAAACCGAGGUGCUGCAACAACCAAAGCUGAACGGACCGGCGGCAAGUACCGGUGGCGACUAUGAUUAUCCAUACGUUUGCGGAUUGAGUUCGGCGAUGAAGCAGGUGGCCAAGGAGGAGCUGCACGAGGACGAGAACAUCCGGCGGCAGGCUCUGGCCCAGUUCCGCGAGUGGAUCGACAAGCAUCCGCACAUCCGCAAGUGCCGCACGGAUGCAGUUUUCCUGCUGCGCUUCCUGCGCACCAAGAAAUUCUCAGUGCCGGCCGCCUGCGAAAUGCUCGAGCGCUACUUAACCAUCCGCCAGCUGUUCCCGCAGUGGUUCAAGCAGCUGGACAUCAACGACCCGGCCAUCAACGAGAUCUUCGAGAACGGAUACCUGGUGCCGCUGCCCCAAAGGGACUCCACCGGGCGCCAGGUCAUCUUUUCCACGGCCGCCAAAUUCGAUCCCUAUAAGUUUACUUCGGUGCAAAUGGCUCGGGUGCACAGUCUGAUCUGCGAGGCUCUAUUGGACGAUGAGGAUUCCCAAGUGGCUGGAUACGUGUACAUCAACGAUGAGAGUGGCAUGAACAUGGGCUUCGUCAGUCUGUGGUCCCUGACCGACCUGCGCAGCAUUGUCAAGUGCAUCCAGAACUCGACGCCCAUGCGGCACAAGGAGACGCACUUCGUCAACAUUCCGCACUACGCUAAUCGGAUCAUCGAGCUGGGCGUGUCCAUGCUGAGCGAUAAGCUCAAGAAGCGAAUCAUUGUCCACAAAAAUGUUGACAUCUUGAAGACAAAGAUUGAUCCUGCUAUCCUGCCGAAGGAGUAUGGUGGCACUGUGCCCAUUGCUGACAUGAUCGCCGAGUUCAAACAGAAGCUGCUCAAGCGCCGGGCGGCGAUCCUUGCUCUGGAUGAUAUGCAGAUCGAGAUCACUAAGGAUGCGGCCAACUUCGCCGGAAAUGAUAUUGGAGAUAUCGAUGCCGGAGUCGUGGGCAGCUUUAGGAAACUGGAGGUGGACUAGACUUUUCCGUCCAGCAAUCUCCCAUCUCCGUAGAUUAAGAUAGGAUAGGUCAGGAUACCAUUGAGACAGUCGACAAUACGCGCGGGCAUGCACACUUCGUACCUAUUUAAAAGCAUCACCACUAUAUUGUAUAACUAAGGUCUCGCCGGGGACUUCCCCGCCAAUCCUCAGAACCCCAAUAAUGGAUGGGGACUGUGAUUGAGUUUCCCAGUUGUAUAUUCCAUCCAUGCGUUACGUUAUGUUAAAUGAAUGUCUAUUUAAAUAUAUGUAUAUACUUAUUCUUGUGAAUUUGAA